AGUAGUGCACCUGGUGCUCAAUCUGGCAUCUCUGUUUCUGGCCCAGAUCCUGUCUGAAGUGACAGAUUGCAAAGAACUUCAAAACAAGAGAUUUUUAAUGUUUGUAUAAUUCAAAUUCCUUAUCACGAUGGAUCCUGCAUUGCUUCGAGAGCGUGAGCUCUUUAAAAAGAGAGCUCUUACGACUCCAACCGUAGAAAAAAAGAAGAGGGAACAAGAAAAAGAUUCUAUUCGAGAUGAAUCACUUAAGAAAAAGCCUAAACCAUCCUCUGUAUCCAGCGGGCCAAAGUUGGAUAUGGUUAACUAUAAAACUAUGUCUGGUAGCACUCAGUAUAAAUUUGGUGUAUUGGCAAAAAUAGUAAAGCAUAUGAGAGCUAGGCAUCAAGAGGGAGACGAUCAUCCUUUAACAUUAGAAGAAAUCUUGGAUGAAACAAACCAGUUAGACGUUGGAUCUAAAGUAAAACAAUGGCUACAAACAGAGGCUCUUAUUAAAAACCCAAAGAUAGAAGUAACUCACGAUGGUAGAUUUAUGUUUAAAGCUAUGUAUAAAAUCAAAGAUAAAAAAUCACUAUUGAGGUUAUUAAAGCAACAAGAUUUAAAAGGUCUUGGGGGAAUUUUAUUAGAGGACAUACAAGAAAGCUUACCGCACUGUGAUAAACAUUUAAAGAGUUUGCAAAAUGAGAUAUUAUUUAUAACACGGCCCUUGGAUAAAAAGAAAAUCGUCUUUUACAAUGACAAAACAGCCCAAUUUCCAAUAGACGAUGAAUUUCAAAAAUUAUGGAGGGCAGUUGCUGUUGAUGCAAUGGAUGAUCAAAAAAUUGAUGAAUACCUUGAGAAACAAGGAAUUAGAUCGAUGCAAGAUCAUGGUCCCAAAAAACCAGCACCGAUCAAAAGAAAGAAACCUGCUAGUAAGAGAAAGCAGUUCAAAAAACCAAGGGAUAAUGAACAUUUGGCAGAUGUUUUAGAAACAUAUGAUGAUUCCAAAUAGAUAUUCUCUAGGUUUUGUAAAUAAAGUGAAUUUUGUAUCUAACUGUUCAGGGAUCUUUUUAUUCAAGCGCCCUGACAAAUGAAUCAUUUUAAGGAACUUUUUAAAGAGAAAGUAUAAACCGGAUUUUCGUUAAAUUGAACACAUGUUCUUAUUGAUUGUGUGUCAAAAUUUCAUCAUUUAUAUAGCUAGAAAAUCGUUGUAUAAUGACGUCUGUAUGUUUUCGCAACGCGAUGAGGGAAAUAUCCUUUCAUAGCGGUCGGUGUAGUAGCUUCGAUAAAUCUUUAGAAAUCACUAGAUGUAUGCAAGAACUUUAUGAUCGGAAUGAGUCGGGUUCCCGAAGUGUUCAGGGUUUCCAAUAGAGAAAAUGGCGGGAAUAGUUCGUCUGAAGUAGCACAAACUGUCAAUCCUGUUUAGUCUUUUAAAUUUUUGAAUUUGAAUGAAGGGCUGGAUCUGCUUGUAAGAAGUAGUUUCUUCAAUAAUAAAAAAAAAUGAAGUUGAUUGGUCAUAUCUUUUUUUAAAUGUAGUUACCGAUUUAAAAAACAUAAAACUGAAAAACGUAUUUAGAUGGAGUUAAAAUCAAACUCCUAU